AUGAGGCUUGAUGGAGGCUAUAACUCCUGCGAGGAGGCUGAUUUUGAAGUGUAUAUUCCAGAUGAUGAAAUGAGCUGGUUGGAGCGUAAUGUUGUUUUUCUUAUCAAUAUGGAUGGGAAUCUGGCUGAGAAUGUUGUUUUUCCGGCACCGGUGACUCGUCCGUGCAAUGUUCAUGAGCUUACUGUUGAAAAGGUGGCUUUGGUUCCUAAGCUAGGAAUUGAUGAGGUGUCUAGUGGUAUUGUGCUACAUACAAAGGAAAGUUUUGGAACUCAAAUUGGAAAUGAUGAGUGUCGUACUAAAAUCUCGACUGAUGAGAUAAUGGGGGAAAGUUUGAAUUUUAUUGGGAGAGAGUCCAGCAGGAAGGAAUUAGCCCUUUAUAGCCCUGUCGAGCAAUUAAAUGAUGAAGAAGCUAAUUUUGUUCCAAGUUCUUGUGAUGAGUUUAACGUUUUUGAUCCUGUAGGUGGUCAUUUUUGUACAUCAGAUUCUAAUUCUGAUGUUAGUAGGUCCAAUGCAGUUGUGAGAAGUGAAGGUGGGUUCGUUGUGGUAAGCCUCAUAAGGCAUGUUAUUUUUUAG